UCAGCUCUCCUGCCUUGGUCCCUCACCCCUGAAAAUGCAUGCCUGCUCCAAGUUCAUCUCCACCUGCUCCCUGAUCAGGAGCACCUCUCAGCUGCUGAGUCGUCCCCUGUCUGCAGUGGAGUUGAAUCGACCACAGAUGUGGACAGAUGGGGGCCUCAGCAGCUUGGCAGCCCCUCGUCCUCUGGCCUCACUCAUCCCUAGCCCCGGCUUCCAAACCAGCGUCAUUUCCAGGGACAUCGACACAGCCGCCAAGUUCAUUGGGACUGGGUCUGCCACAGUUGGGGUGGCUGGCUCUGAGGCUGGGAUUGGGACUGUUUUUGGGAUCUCCAUCAUUGGUUAUACCAGGGACCCUUCUCUGAAGCAACAGCUCUUCUCCUAUGCGAGUCUGGGCUUUGCCCUCUCAGAGGCCAUGGGGCUUUUUUGCCUGAUGGUGGCCUUUCUCAUCCUCUUCGCCAUGUGA